GUAACCCUAUGGAGAGGGGCCUGCGGAAUGCCGUAGUCUUCAAUGCGUCCAAAGGGGAGACUUUCACUCUCGCCAACAGCUACAAGGCCUUGCGCAAAAGGCUUCGCGGUAAUUGGAAGAUACAGAGCUUAAAAGAUGAGAUCACAUCUGAGAAACUGUUUGGGGUAAAACUGUGGAUUACAGCAGGGCCAAGAGAAAAGUUCAGUGCUGCUGAGUUUUCAGUUCUGAAGAAAUUCCUGGAGGAUGGUGGAGCCAUCCUGGUGAUGCUGAGAGAAGGCGGAGAGUCCCGAUACGGCACAAAUAUUAACUUUUUGUUAGAAGAAUAUGGGAUCAUUUUCAAUAAUG